AUGAAUGACUCACUGAAAGCAGCUGCACAAGUGGGAGACAUAGACUUGCUCUACAAACUCAUUCAGAUGGAACCAUAUCUCUUAGAACACACUGAUUUGAUACCCUUUGUUGAUACCCCUUUGCACAUUGCUGCAGCUGCUGGGCAUGCAAGUUUUUCGACUGAGAUCCUGAGACUCAAACCUUCAUUUGCAUGGAAGCUGAAUCAGUAUGGGCUUAGCCCCAUGCACCUUGCUUUGCAAAACAAGCAUUAUAGAAUGGUGUAUCGCUUUGUAGACAUCAAUAAAGAGCUUGUUAGAGUGAAAGGGAGAGAGGGUCUUACUCCUUUGCAUUUUGCAACUCAAAGUGGAAAACUUGAUGUUGUGGUCAAAUUCUUAUCAGCAUGUCCAAGUUCUAUUGAAGAUGUCACUGUUAAAAGUGAAACUGCCUUGCAUAUUGCUGUGAAAUAUAAUCAGUUUCAGGCUCUUGAGGUAUUGGUUGGAUGGCUUCAGAGGAACUGUCAAAAACAUGCAAAGGACCAAGAAAAACAUGUGCUGAACUGGAAGGAUGAGGCAGGCCACACCAUUCUUCACCUUUCAGUUCUCAGAGGCUUCUCACAGGCAGUUAGAUUAUUAAUUGAAAGCAACAUAGACAUAAAUGCGAAGAACAUAGAUGACUCAACAGUGUUGGACAUAGUGGAGACUCAGACUCACUCUUACAGCCCAGAGAUGAAAAACAUGUUAGUUCAACGUGGAGCUUUGCGUGGUUUUUCACUUGCUACAUCUCCACUCCUUGAACAGGAGCUAAGAGCCAAAAUCACACUAGAUGAGAGAAUAGCAAUUUGUGUCACUCGUCUCAGAAGGAGAAUAUCAAAUGACACACGCAAUGCAUUGUUGAUAGUUGCUAUUUUCUUCGCAACUAGCACAUAUGAAGCAGCACUUAACCCCCCGGAAAGCGUUGGAAAAGUGGUGAUGCAAGUUCAAGCAUUCUUUUGGUUCUGGGCAUUCAAUACUUGUUCCUUUUAUAUGUCAAUUUUGAUGAUAUGCUUGCUUAUGCCAAGAGGGCGCAUAAGCGUUAUUGUGACUUCUCCACUUUUAAUCUUUUCUGGGUGCUACGUGUUUUCCAUGCUUUUAAUAUCACCAAGCCUUAGUUUAACCAUUGCCACCUGGAUUGUGCCAUGCAUACUAAUAGUAUUGUACUGUUGGGGAGCUUCAAUAUAUGUUAGAUUAGCCAAAAAGCUUAAAAUGUAUGGAUGCAAACUAGAAGACAAAUCAAAGUUUGCUGGAGGAAACAGAUGGUAA